AUGAUGUUGAACUACAAUUGGUAUUUCUGUAGUGUAGUUCUAACACUCUUCAUAUGCGAAACCACUGCACAUUUCUAUCCAAUCAAACCACCGAUACUUCCAACAUACACUAAACACUAUGGACUCCACAAACCAAACGAGUUACAUUUGAGUGAUUACAUAAAUGCAGUGGAUGUACAUGGUUUUCCGGACAUUAAAUUAGAACCAGACUUUCCUCAAAUAACAGAAAUCGGUCCUCAAUCAUUUCUUCCACCGCACAUAAAUCCACAUUCACUAUUUCCCACACCAAGCUUUCAUCGUUUUGCUCCAAUUGUACAUCAUCAUCACGAACCAGAAAUAGUAACAGAUGUUCGACACAAAGAUGUUGUUUUAACAUCAUUGCAAGAACAAGCAUUACCAUCACAUUUACGAAAUCCAUUCUAUAAAAAUCCAAGAAUUCGUGCAGGAUUAGCAAAACAUAGUUGGUUCCAUCAUGGUGAAAUGCCAGUAUUUGAACGUGAGGCAAGUAAGAUUCCACGUGAAGAAAUUUAUAAAAUAUUGUGGAAUGCUGGAUUUUUACGAAAUCAUCAUCAUUAAAUAAUUUGUGAUUUGUUAUUGUUUUGGAGGUUAUCGUAUAAGAUGUUAUUUAUUAAUUUCGAUUUGUACUACCGCUACCGCUCUGAAUGACCACGAAAAAAUGUCGUAAGAUAGGCUGGCUUAAAUUAUCUGCCAUUACCUCACUAAGAGUAACUACACGGUAAGAAAUUUUUUUGUGGAUAUUACUAAGUCAGUAUCGCUGAGAACGCCAUUUUGUAUACUAUAUUGAGGGAAUAGUAACAUUAGCAAUAGUUGUGGCGGACGAGUCAAUGCGGUAUGGGUGUCAGGCCCAUAUUAUUUGGCAAUACCCACAAUACUUCUGGUGGAUAGCCCUACUCAAUACUGUAAUAUUACUGAUGCUAACGCAGAUACUAUACGUGCCUGUCUCUAUACCAUACUAGCAUUAUAGUAAACGCCGUGCAUUUCUUACUAUGUAGGCUACAAAGAAAAUCGUUUGGUUAGUUUUUCAAAAAUUGAAUCCCAGGAAACAUUCACAAGCGUCAACACUGCCAAAUGGUUGGUUCAAUGAUGAAUAAGCAAAUCUCCUACGAAACGGGCUGAUCUGCUUUUUCAUUUUGUGAAUCGAUGAUAAUUUUUCAUACAGUUUUGAGCUGAAACUGCUGUCUCUAGUCAACCCAUGAGGCAUCCAGCUCGUAG